AUGAAGCUGAAGCUUCUGCCAUGUCUAUGGGCUCUGUUCCUGGUACUCGCAAGUCCCGCCCACAGCGUGGCAGUCGGUCGUGCUGGACAUGGCUUCGUCGGGUAUGGCAUCACGAUGUACAGGCCGGCCUGUGCCUUCGCCUGCAAAGCGACAAUUUCGAACCCAUUAAACUGCACCAUGUCCUCGGAUCAUGAGUAUAAGCACAUGAAGCGUCACGGGCAUUCACAUUCAAUGGGGGAGCUACCGGUAGGAGAGGGCUGGAUGGUGACAGCGUCCCCAAGCGCAGAGUGCUACGCAACGAACAAUGCGUUCCUGCAGACACUAGCCUACUGCCUACACUCGUACUGCACAAACGAAGCUAACUCGACGCUACAAAAAUUCUGGGAGAUGGAUGUCGUGGGCCGCCUUCCAGAUCAACCGCUCCCAAAGAUGAGCUACCAGGAAGCCCUCUAUGCUGUUAAUGGCACCCCGUUCGUGAUCACGAACUCGUCUGUCAUCCUAUAUUCCGCGGGGCUUAUAGCAGAAGAGACAUUCGUGACUCAGUAUCGGACGCUCUCGACCUUCGAUAAAUUGGAAACUACACAUGCACGAUAUGGCCUCGUUCUAAUCAUCACUGGCGCGGUCAUCCCUAUUGCAUUCUCCUUGUUCCGCUUCCUUCCCUUUCCAGCGGAGUGGAUGACAAACUUCGAGGCCAAAUAUGUGAACCCUCCCCUGAUCGUCGCCCGGCACAACGUCCCAUACCUCUGGGACACCGCCAUGAUGCCAACCCGCGGACAGGCCUUCUUUCUCGCAUACCUUUUUAUUCUGAACGUGGCCCUCUGCUCCGUCGGCAUUGAAUCUGCACGCGACAGCACAUGGUACAAAAACCGCGAACAGGAGAUCGUCUCCUACGUGAGCAACCGCGCGGGCUAUCUCAGCUUUGCCAAUAUCCCUCUACUCGUGCUCUACUCGAGCCGAAACAACUUUCUCCUAUGGGUGACAAACUGGUCCCAUAGUACAUACCUACUUACUCACCGAUGGAUCGCCCUUAUCGCCAUUGUUGAGGCAUGCCUGCACUCGGCCAUCUACCUCCAGAUCAUCGACUCCGACGGCGAGCACACGAGCAAGAGUCAGUUACCCUUCUGGUUCUGGGGAAUCAUCGGUACACUCUCAAUGGUCGUCAUGAUCCCGGCAUCAAUCCUUCCUAUCCGCCAGAAAUUCUACGAGGUCUUCCUCGCCUGGCACGUUUUCUUCUUUCUCCUCGCGAUGGUCGGCUGCAUCUUACACAUCUGGUACCGCUAUGCAUGGCAAUGGGGGUACGAAAACUGGAUUUACAUGGCGCUUGCAAUCUGGGGGUUUGACCGCGUGCUAAGGAUUCUGCGUCUUGCUCGUCACGGCCUUCUCAAUGCGCAUAUCAGCGUUGUGGAUGACGACUAUACGAAAAUCGAGAUUCCCGAGGUCACGGCCGAUGGGCACGUCUAUCUAUACUUCCCUACCCUAACAUGGCGGGUCUGGGAGAACCACCCCUUCUCUGUCCUCAGCGCCACGCGCAUUUGCCGCGCAGACUGGCCGAAUGCCGCUGUCUCGGAGAGCUCCUCGUCUUCAAGCUCGCUACAGGACCAGAAGGAAAUGGGAAUUACAACCCUCAAAGACCCAGCAAGCAACAUCAUCACCGUCAGCGAUACGAAGGUCACACCACCAAUCUCCCCGUCUCCAAAAUCCCGCGGCAAUAGUCACUACCACGACGGUCUCACUCUGUACAUUCGCACCCACACGGGCAUCACUUCCUAUCUCCGGGCGUCCCGAGCGACCCUCCCCGUCCUGGUCGAAACAGGAUACUACCCGCGCUCCAUCCUCGCAUCGGAACCCUCCUCUGGAGCAAACGUCCUCGCGUUCGCGGGCGGUGUCGGCGUGACUGCUCUCACAUCCACGUUACUACAGCAUAGAGGGUAUCACAAGCUAUUCUGGGCGUCACGGAGCAUGGCGCUCGUCGAUUCCGUGAGGGAGACGCUUGGGAGCGAUCAGUUUGACCGGAUGAACCCGGUGCUCUUCACGGAGCGAAGGAUGCAUAUUCCAAGCAUUCUGGAGGAGGAGGCGACGAGGGCGCCGGGAAUUCCUGUAACUGUUGUUGCUAGUGGGCCUGGGGGCAUGGCGGAUGAGGUGAGGAGGGAGGUUGCGAGGGUUACUAGAGAGCUAGGAGCUGUUUUUACAUUUAUGGAGGAUUCGUUCAGUUGGUAG